AUGUGUUCCCCAACCAUAACAUGUUCCUUUCAGAUCCAUGCCCCUGUUUGUGGCUUGCUAUAUGCUAAAGAUCUAUGGCUCGAACGUGGAUGUGAAGAUCCCAGGGGGAUGAUAUAUAAUCCUAGAACAGAACAGUCCAUAACCUUACCUAAAGUGAGAACAAGAAGGGUUGAUGUGAGAACCUAUUUUGGAUUUGAUCCAAUGAACAAACAGUUCAAGGUCUUGUGCAUGACGGUUUGUAGAAAUUCUCGUAAAGAAGUUGUUGAAGAGUAUCAAGUUCUAACAUUAGGAGCAGAGGAGAAACAGUCAUGGAGAAUGAUUGCAUAUUCCGUACCCCAUGAUCACUACAAGAAAAUACACGUUUUGCGACAGAAAAUUCAAGCGCAAUUCCGUUGCGAAUCGCAAUUCAAUGGAUAA